AUGUGGCUAGACCGCAUUUCGGGUCAUGCGACGCCCUCCGGUCCCCAAUUCGAUAGUCGCAGCAGCUCUCCCUUGCCUCGAAGGACCUCAUCUCGCUUGGCUCCGACUCCGAACAAUCGCCCCGCUUCCAGUCGCCAAGGUUCGGCGUUGUCUCUCCUGUCGACUCCGAACGACUCGUCUACAUCCCUCUCCGCGACUGCGCGUGAAGGUUCCUCGCCAAAACCAAGUGCUACGAGACCACGCCCAUCCGAUGUUGCUGAUCCGCUCGAGGUCUUGAAUGGGAUCAUUGGAAAACAAGGCAAAACAAGAGACAGCUCUCCAGCGUCCGUCGCGGAAGUGAAACCCUCGGAGCUUGUGGAGGACAUUGAUUUUCAUGGACUCAGCCUGGAAGACUUUAUCGCGGAAGAAGAACAACCUAGAAGAGCCUGGCAAAGUGAUGUCGGCGCCCAGACCAUCCAGCAGUUCGAGAAGGAAAGGGACAAAUUUCAGGACCUGCACUCGGCAAUCACUGGCUGCGAUGACGUCUCCAAGUCAGUUGAAAUGUACUUGAAUGACUUUCAGAAUGAAUUGGGAGCUGUAUCAGCAGAAAUAGAGAGUUUGCAGUCUCGUUCGAUACUACUGAAUGCGAUGCUAGAGAACCGACGGAAUGUUGAACAGCUGCUUGGACCUGCUGUGGAGGAAAUCAGCUUGUCUCCGAAGACCGUCCGAUUAGUGGCGGAGGGACCUAUUGAUGAGAACUGGGUCAAGGCUCUGAAUGAGAUCGAGACUCGGACGGCUAGCAUCGAAGCCAAGGCCUCAGGCACCAAUAGUAGCAAGUCUAUCGAAGAUGUGCGGCCUCUGCUGGGUGAUAUCAAGAAGAAGGCAGUGGAGCGGAUCCGGGACUACCUGGUGUCUCAAAUUCGAGCCCUGCGAUCUCCGAACAUCAAUGCACAGAUCAUCCAGCAGCAGCGACUGGUUAAGUUCAAGGACUUGUACGGCUACAUAUCACGAGCCCACCCCACUCUCACGGGAGAAAUCACCCAGGCCUACAUCAACACGAUGCGAUGGUAUUACCUGUCGCAUUUCACAAGGUAUCACCAAGCACUCGAAAAAAUCAAGGUCUAUCCGAGCGAUCGGAAUGAGGUAUUAGGAGGGGAUCCAUCCUCACAUAAAACAGGUAAUAUUGUUCCCGGCGGCCGAGCUGGUUCUGCGGCGCACGACCCCUUCUCUCUCGGCAGGAGAGUCGACAUACUUAGGGCAGGUAAUCAGAUGGCAAUAUCUUCCUACUUGGCAGAGGAGGACAAUGCUUUCCACGGACUCGAAGUCCCUUUCCGAAACUUCAACCUUGCUCUCCUCGAUAAUGUUUCCGCCGAAUACUCGUUCAUGACCGAGAUGUUCUCCACAUUGGGCUUCCAACAGAUAUCUCGCAAGGCCGUUGAGAUCUUCGAACCAGUCUUCACCCUUGGGCAGGCCCUGACCAAGCACCUGAUCGAGCAGACUACAGAUGCGCUCGGAGUUCUGAUCUGCGUGCGAUUGAACCAGCAAGCCGCUUUCGAAUUGCAGCGGCGCAAGGUACCGGUGGCCGACUCCUAUGUCAACGGAACAAACAUGCAAUUGUGGCCUCGGUUCCAAGUCAUCAUGGACACGCAGUGCGAGUCAUUGAAACGGGUAGCAGCGAACACCGGCCGUAGUGCGGUCUCCGCAUUGUCUCUUGCUGGAGGAGACGAUCUCAACAAGUCAUCCGCACCUCAUUUUCUCACUCAGCGUUUUGGACAACUUCUCCACGGCAUUCUGGUGCUGAGCAGUGAAGCCGGGGAUGACGAGCCAGUGGCCAAUAGUCUGGGCCGAUUGACCACAGAGUUUGACAAUCUUCUAGCGAAGCUUAGCCGGAUUGGCGGCGAUGCCAAACGGAGGGAGAGGUUUCUUUACAAUAAUUAUUCGCUUGUUCUGGCUAUUAUUAGUGAUACCCAUGGCAAACUAGCCACCGAACAGAAACAGGUACGUGCCACAUUGCCAGUUCAAAGGAUUGAACUAACAGCGCAUUGUCUAAAUGAUCCCACGGAGUCACUUAAUUAUUAUGGCCACCCCACUGCCGCCUCCAGGGCCGACGUCACACAUGCAGUUAUAGGCGCAGGGGUCGUCGGACUGGCAGUUGCGCGUCAACUAGCCAUGAAAGAGGGCACAUCGACGAUUCUACUAGAGAGACAUGACGCGCCGGGGACGGAGACGAGUAGUCGCAAUUCAGAGGUCAUCCACGCAGGCCUCUACUACGGCGCCGACACCCUCAAAACCUCCCUCUGCAUCAAAGGCAAAGAGCUCCUGUACGCACUCUGCGCCCAACACAACAUCCCGCACCGCAACACCAAAAAAUGGAUCGUCGCCCAAACCCCAGAACAAUGGGAAGCAUGUCUGCGCGUGCACGAACACGCCAAACGCAUCGGCGUCCCCACACGCAUCCUAGGCCAGGAAGAAGCACAGCGGCGCGAACCCGAAGUGCGCGCCCUGGCCGGCAUCGUGGAGAGCCCGACAACCGGCAUCAUCGACAGCCAUUCCCUAAUGACCUACCUACAAGGAGAUUUCGAAGAUCGCGGCGGAGACUGCGCGUUCAUGACGCAAGUGACGGGCAUCGAACCCCUCCCUGCUAGUGAGGGUGGCGGAUACCGGAUCAGCGCUGUGUCAGCAGACGGGAGUGAGACGACCAUCACAGCGGAGACAGUGAUAAACAGUGCAGGAAAUGGGGCCUGUGCGAUCAAUAACAUGGUGAUGCCGGCUGAGCGGCAUCGAAAAGCUUAUUUCGCCAAGGGGACGUAUUUCUCUUACUCGGCUUCAACGCCGAAGACCUCGGUGUUGGUGUAUCCGACUACGUUGCCGGGAACGGGCGGGCUAGGGACCCAUUUGACCCUUGAUAUGGGCGGCAGGAUCCGGUUUGGGCCGGAUGUCGAAUGGGUGGAGGAUCCGAGUGAUUUGAGGCCGAGUCCGGCAAGGUUGCAGCAGGCGUUGCCGGAGAUCAGGGCGUAUUUGCCUAAUGUGGAUGUUGAGGCGAUUGAUUUGGAUUAUUGUGGGAUUCGGCCGAAGUUGGGGAAGGGAGGGGCGGUGAAUACGGGGAAAGGGUUUCAGGAUUUUGUGAUUCAAGAGGAGGAAGGGUUUCCUGGGUUUGUGAAUUUGUUGGGCAUUGAGAGUCCUGGAUUGACGAGUUGUUUGGCCAUUGGGGAGAGGGUAAGGGAUAUUUUGUAUGCUUAG